UCUGCAGCGUGGACUUUUUGCUGAAUUUCAGAUCCUCUUAAGCUAAAGAAAAAGAGAAGAGAAGAAAGAAAGGAAGCUUUUGUAAUGUUUGGAUAGACAGAAAAAGUGGUUAAGCGCUCAUCCAGACUGUAACACGUUUCUUCAAUCUGAUGGCAGACAAUGGUUCCCGCCACCCAUCGCCGCCGGUUUCUUCUUCUUCUCUUCCUCCUUCAUCGUCCAAAUCCUCUUCUGCUACUUCUGCCCGCCCUACCACUAUUGCUCUUCCGCCUCGCUCCUCUAAUGAAUCUUUCUUUACCUCUGGUCUUGGUGUGGGCUUUAGUCCAGGUCCUAUGACUCUGGUCUCUAGUCUAUUCUCAGAUUCUGAUGACUUCAAAUCUUUCUCUCAGCUUCUCGCGGGCGCAAUGGACUCUCCUGCCGCCAAUAGCAACAACAAAUCGCCCUUACCUCCCGUUCCUCAGGCAGAUAAAAAUUCUGCUGCUAACGUAAGCAGGCCGGCCAACUUGUCCAUAGCUCCUCCGUCGCAGAUGUUCACUGUGCCUCGCGGGCUUAGUCCGAUGGUCUUUCUGGAUUCACCUGCGCUCGGACUCUUAUCUCCUGAGGGAAACAUUGGAAUGAGACGUCAGCAGGCUCUAGCUCAGGUUACUGCCCAGGCUGCACAAGUCCAUUCUAAUAUGCAUAUUCAAGCACACUAUUCAUCUUCUUUACCAUCAGCGCCGGCAACAUCUUCAACACCAUUAUCAUCAAUCCCAGAUCCUACUGCUUCUGUUCAGGAAUCUUCAGACUUCUCUCCUGAUCAAAGAUCCCAAGCUUCUUCACUUGUUGUUGAUAAACCUACUGAUGAUGGCUAUAAUUGGCGAAAAUAUGGGCAGAAACAGGUGAAAGGCAGUGAAUGUCCUCGAAGUUAUUAUAAAUGCACACAACCAACUUGUCCUGUCAAGAAAAAGGUUGAGCGAUCUCUUGAUGGUCAAGUAACUGAAAUUAUCUACAAGGGGCAGCACAACCAUCAAGCUCCCCAACCCAAGCGUGCAAAGGAUGCGGGAAGCUUGAAUGGAAACUCAAGUAACCAGAGUAAAUUUGAACUAGCUUCUCAAUUUCAAAGCGGAAAUGUUAACAAGUCAAAAGAUAGAAAGGAUCAGGAAUCAAGUCAAGCUACACAUGAACUUUUAUCUGGGACAAGUGACAGUGAGGAAGUUGGUGAUACUGAAACUGGUGUAGAUGAAAAUGAUGAAGAUGAACCUGAUCCCAAGAGAAGAAAUACAGAUGUCAAGGUAGCAGAUCCAGCUUCUUCGCAUAGGACUCUCACAGAAUCUAGAAUCAUUGUGCAGACUACCAGUGAAGUUGAUCUUUUAGAUGAUGGCUAUAGAUGGCGCAAAUAUGGGCAGAAAGUUGUCAAAGGCAAUCCUUAUCCAAGGAGCUACUAUAAAUGCACGUCUGCAGGCUGCAGAGUCCGUAAACAUGUUGAGAGAGCAGCAACGGACCCAAGAGCAGUUAUAACAACGUACGAAGGCAAACAUAAUCAUGACGUUCCUGCUGCUAAAGGUAGCAGCCACAGCACAGCCAACAGUAACUCAUCUGAGCUAAGACAACAAAAUGUAGAAAAGAAUGCCUUGGAUCACCGGACUAAAAAUCAACCUCCUAUCACACGGCUAUUGUUAAAAGAAGAGCAGAUAACAUAAUGUCCAUGGAUCAUCUUGAAAAGCAGGAUAUGAAUCACGAACUUGAUGUAAGAUAUCUUUGCUGAUAAUCUUUUUUCAUGGUUUUAGAGGCUAUUAUUUUGAUCAAGAUCCUUAUAACCGAAUACCAUAUACACAAGAAAAAGGAAAAGGUAGAAAGAAAAAAGAUAAAGAGAGAAGUCAAUCUGGAGCUCACUUUCUUGGAUUGAUUUACAAGUUAAAUAUUUGCUGUAUGUAAAACUGGCUAGCAGAUGUAUAUUUCAUUGAAAUCCUGCAUAAGUUAAAUAUUGUUGUAUGUAAACUGGCUAGCAGGUAUAUAUUUCUUUGAAAUCCAGUUUUCUUUGCAUUCUUUUGUACAUUAUCUGGGAACUAAUGUUACCUAUAGUUCACGGACAAUCAGUACACUAUAGAUUUAAGACACGAACAUAAGUGGAUCGCUCUAUAUAAAAAUUAAAAGAGAUUCACUUGUUUGUUUCUAGUUCGUGAUGGACUGGGUCUAGACAAGUUUUUCCUUUC